GCGAAAAAACCGACUUUAACACCGUCAGGGUCGGAGAUUAUAAAAAAAGAAGGAGAAUCGCUGACUCUCAAAUGUACAACUGACGAACCCAUGGUUUUCUACACUGACUUAGAAGAUCCUAAAAAAAGAUCUAGAAGUACUGAAGAAACUUUUGAGGUAAUUGGAGGACAAUAUUCAUAUUAUUUCAAAAAGAAAUCUCUAGUUCUCGGUGACGAAGGCUGGUAUAGUUGCGCAGAUGAAUAUAUUAAAGUUGAUAAGACUGAUAAAGAACAACCAGAUGUUAGCUGGAUUCGCGUUUAUGUUAUAAGUAAGAAACCAAAAUUGCAGCCAUCAAAAUCGGUUCUUGUGAAAAAUGAAGGCGAUCCAUUGGAACUCUCGUGUUCAUCGGGUGAUGAUAAAACGCUGAAAUUCCACAUUGUAUACGAUUAUCUCACGGCUGCUAACUCUAAAGUUCAAUUAGGGGUGUUUUCAAUCGGAGGAGAUGGUUCCAAUACAUAUACGAUACAAAAAAAAAUCACUUUUAUCAGAUGACAAGGGAUAGUAUGGUUGUGCAGACGAAACAAUUGAAGUUGACACUCAUAAACGCAAUCAAUCAGACGUCAGUUGGAUCUACGUAAACGUUCAUGGUAAUGUAUUAUAUUAGCAUGUUAGUGGUUAGUGACUUAAUUAUUAAACAAUUAAAAAAAGUUUGAA